GGCGGCAAGGGGAGUGUGAGCGAAGGCGCAGCUUGCAUAGAGAGAAGGCGAACAGCCGCAACUGAAACAAGAUGAGCAAAGCACACCCGCCCGAGCUAAAAAAAUUUAUGGACAAGAAACUAUCAUUGAAAUUAAAUGGUGGGAGGCACGUCCAAGGAAUAUUGCAGGGAUUUGAUCCAUUUAUGAAUCUUGUGAUUGAUGAAUGUGUAGAGAUGGCACCAGGUGGCCAACAGAACAAUAUUGGAAUGGUGGUGAUCCAAGGAAAUAGUAUCAUUAUCAUUAUGUUAGAAGCCUUGGAAGGAGUAUAAGGAAUGAAACACCAGAGGUGCCAUGGGUCUCCUCUGAUCCUUUACAUUCCGAAAAGCCUUUUUUUUUUUUUUGUUUCAUUUGAUACAUUAGAUGUCACUGUAUAUUCUUUGUUUUUUUUUAAAAAUAAACUUUUUGUAAGAUGUUUAAAAAAAAGUCAUAUUUCCAUAUUUGAUGUUGAAAUCUAUUGUCUUAGUUUGCUAUAAGAAAAGAACAUUUACUAACUCUCUAUAUAAAUUAGACAUACAUAAAUAGCAAAAUAUACAAAUCUAAAGGGAUAAAGCAAGAGACAAAAAGGGAAUAGCAAAACAUAUUACACCUUUGACAUGACUCAGAACAUCUGUUCCAUAUUCUAUGCCUAUAGUCUACCAUCUCUCUUCUGACAUAAGGAAAGAAUGUUUCAUCAUCAGUUCUGGAAAUUUACAACUGGCCAUUGCACAAAGAUUGUUCUGAUGUCCUGUAUUACUUUUCCUUUAAGAAAGGAUAUUGUGAUGGCUACAUAAACUGCCCUCAUGGUUCUCAAUUUACAUAAAUCUUUAUUUGUUCUGAAUUUACCAUUUUGUUUUUAUAUUACAUUCAAAAACUGUCAAUUGCUCGGACAUGG